AUGAGCGCGCAACCGCCCUAUUACGGUCAGCAGCAGCCUCCGAAGGGCUACAGCGCGCCGCCCCCCGGCAGCGCCCCGCCGUCGGGGUACGGGCCUUCGAACCCGGGCACGCCGUACCAGUACCCACCUCCGGGCCAGGCUCCGGCCCCGCAACAGCCGUACUAUGGAUACCAGCCGGGUGGUCAGUCCGGGCAGUACCCACCCCAACAGUAUCCUCCAAGUGCUCCAUACGGUCAGCAACCUCCUCAGAGUGCGCCCUACGGGCAACCGCCGCCUCCUCCGCUUAGCGGCCAGUACAAUGCGCAGCCUCCAUACGGCCAACCUCCAGCCGGUUACGGUCCGCCGCCGCCGCCGCCGCAGGGUUACCCGGGCCAGCAAUGGCAGCAACAAUUUUCUCCGCAGGGGGCACCCGGAUACUCGGUCCCUCCGGUCCCGCUUACGCCGGCGUCGCCGGGCUACGACCCGGCGCAAAAGGCCUGGUGCGGGACUACAACUCGCACCUUCAUCCGCAACCUGGCCGAUGACAUCAAGAGCGAGACGCGGGGCGAGCUCGAGACGGCGCUGCUGGCGCUGAUCCGCGGGCCGCUCGCCCAAGACGUCUACCUGCUGGACAAGUCGCUCAACCGGGUGGGCACGGACGAGGACACGCUGAUGGACGUGCUGCUGGGGCGGUCCAACGCCGACCUGCGCGCCAUCACGGCCGAGUACCGGCGGACGACGGGGCGGGACCUGCUGGCCGACAUCAAGUCCGACGUGGACGAGGCGCUGUUCCGGCUGUGCGGCAUGGUGCUGGCGGGCGCGCGGGCCGAGGAGGCGGCGCCGGUGCUGGCGCACGAGAUCGACGCCAAGGUGACGGAGCUGCAGCGCGCGACCGAGGGCACCACCAUCGGGGCCAACGCAGUGGCGGUCGCGCAGCGCAAGUACCGCCGCGCCCUCGACGACGUGGUCGAGAAGGAGUUCCGCGGCGACAUGGAGGACGCGCUGCUGCGCAUGCUCGCCGAGGCCGACGACCCCGCCGCCGCCGACGCCCUGCGCCUGCGCAAGGCGCUGACCGGGAGGAAGGACAAGCUCUUUAUCAACCGCGUCGUGAGCCUGUACUGGAACUUCCCCCGCCUGGCCUCCGCCAAGGACGCGUACCGGAAGAGGUACGGCACCACCUUGGCCAGGAAUGUCAAGGACCUGCUGAAGGAGGAUUUCGAGGCAGUCGUGCUGGCCCUGCUGAGGGAUAAUUAG